AUGAGCAGCACCCGAUCUCUGACCGGGCCGCCCGUGGCUUCUCCCCUGCGCGAUCAUCAAAGCAACUCGGGCCAUCCAGUUCCCGUCGAAAGCGUUCAGCUUGGUCUCUUCCUCUUCCCUUCCUUGGCGCCAUUGGCCCCAUCUCACUCACCUCUCAUUGUCACCCGCUCUCCGCCGCACAUUGCCAUGGCCAAGUUUGAUCAUACCGAGAUUUACGAGUUCUCGAGACAGAGCUCUGACUUUUUCCGCCACUUUGACAAAGUAUCGAUCGAAUACGUCAAGUCGCUCUUCCCCAUCCGCACAUGGAUCACUCGAUACAACUUCCAAUGGUUCAUUGGUGACUUGAUCACGGGUCUCACGGUCGGAUUCAUGAUCCUGCCGCAGGCUCUGGCCCAGGCAAAGAUCGCUACCCUGCCGCCGGAAUACGGCCUCUACAGUGCAUUCAUCGGCCUGCUGGUCUACGGCUUCUUUGCAACCACAAAAGACAUCACCAUCGGCCCGACAGCCGUGCUGUCGUUGCUGACGGCCCAGAUCCUGGUCACCGCCAACAAGGAUGCCAACGGAAACGACUUGUUCCCUCCCACCACCUUCGCCAUCACUCUGGCCUUUGUCGUCGGCAUCGCCCAGCUUCUCACGGGCCUGCUUCGGCUCGGCGUCGUCGUUGACUUUAUCCCUCCCACCGUCAUCACGGGCUUCACCACUGGCUUUGCGUUCACUGUCAUCGUUCAGCAGACUCCCACGCUUCUGGGCAUCAAGGGCAUCGACACCAACACCCAGCCCGCGCAGAACAUCAUUGUCAACAUUGUUCAGAAGAUUGGCACCACCCAGUUUGAUAUUGCCUGGGGCGCCCCUGCGUUGGUCUUGAUCUUGUUGCUUCUGAUCCUCAAGAACAAGUUCGGCCAAAAGCAUCGCGUCUUCCACUACAUUGGCUUGGCAAGAAACGGCAUUGUGCUCUCCAUCUGCCUGCUCAUCUCUUACCUGCUCUCGGUGUACAUUCCGAGCGCCGCCAAGUCUUAUACUGUUGUUGGAACCAUCCCGGCUGGCUUCAAGACCCCAACGACGCCCCGACUUGAUUUGCCCAUCCUCCAGCGUGUGUGGCAGCCCGCCAUCUCGGUCUUCAUCGUGGCCCUGGUCGAGCACGUCGGCAUCGCCCGCUCCUUUGGCCGCAAGUUUGGCUACAUCCGCUAUGUCAACUCCAGCCAGGAGCUCAUUGCCGUCGGCCUCACCAACACCAUCGGAAGCUUCAUGAGCGCCUACCCGGCCAUGGGCUCGUUCUCGCGAUCUGCAAUCAAAGCAGCCUCGGGUGUCAAGACCCCAGCCGCCGGCUUCAUCACCUCGGCCAUCGUCGCCCUGGGUCUGCUGUACCUGACCCCUGUUAUGUAUUGGAUCCCCAGCUCGGCGCUGUCCGCCAUCAUCAUCGCUGCCAUGUCCGAUCUCAUAUCGCCUCCCCAUGUGUUCAUCGAGUACUACAACGUCAGCAUUCUCGAUCUCAGCGUGUGCAUGAUUGCGCUCUUCACAACGUUCUUCUCCACGGUCGAAACCGGUGUCUAUGUGUCGGCUUCGAUCGCCACUCUGAUCAGUCUCCUCAAGAUUGCCCGUCCCCGACACACUCUCUUUGGUCGCAGCAAGAGCGAUGCCACUGUCCUGGACGUUCGCGACAUCUCCAGCACCGUCUCGCCUGGCAUCUUCAUCCUGCACAUGGACGAAUCGCUGACCUACCUGAACGCCCAGUACACCGUCAACCAGUUCCUCAGCGAGCUCACUGCCAAGACCCAGUACGGCUCCCGGAAACGAGGCCCGGCUGACCGUCUGUGGUGCGAUGACACUGAGGAACAGUCGGCCCGCCGCGAGAUCAAGACCCCGUAUCUGGAGGAGCUGCCCCGGCUCCGGGCCGUCAUCUUCAUCUUCUCGGGCGUCAACCACAUCGACUCUGCGGGCUACCAGGCGCUGCUCGAUCUGCGCCGCGACUUGUCAGUCUACACCGGUCGCAUUGUGGUGUUCCACUUUGUUGGUGUCAAGGAUCACAUCCGCCGCGUGCUCGAGCAGGUCGUCAAGACCCCGUUCGAUGCUGCCGACGUCAAGAACUGGGCCAAUGUCGAGGACGAGAAGGUGCUGCAGAGUGUCAUGCCCGAGCGCAUCUCCUCCAUCAACCUGUUCCACCCGACCCUGAACCGUGCCAUCCUGAUCGCCGACACCCUGUCCCCGCCAACGCCGGUGAUGACCCAGUCUGCCCCUGCCAACUUCCCACCGUCGCCCCUCCAUCUGAGCCCUACAAACUCUGUGAACGAGCGCAACACCCGUCGCACACCGUCGGAGCGUUCGCUCACGUCGUAUGCUGCUCAGUCUCUUGCAUGAGCGCCCACGAACAGCCCCGCUGUUGUGGUUUCACUCCAACUGUCCCGACCACAUCUGCUUCCUUUGUCCUGCACCGACCCUGAGCGACCUGUUCGCAUAUCCCCCUCCGGUGCCCUCUCCGUUUGGC